AUGGCUGAAAUCCUUAAAAAUGAACGUCACAGACAAAAAUCAUCAAUUACUUUAAUUCCAUCAGAAAAUUUUACAUCAAAAUCUGUUAUGGAUUUAUUAGGUUCAGAAAUGCAAAAUAAAUAUUCAGAAGGUUAUCCAGGUGAACGUUAUUAUGGUGGUAAUGAAUUUAUUGAUCAAGCUGAAGCAUUAUGUCAAAAACGUGCUUUGGAAGCUUUUAACUUGGAUCCUGAAUUAUGGGGAGUUAAUGUUCAAUCUUUAUCAGGUGCACCAGCAAAUUUAUAUGCUUAUUCAUCAAUCUUAAAUGUUGGUGAUAGAAUUAUGGGUCUUGAUUUACCUCAUGGUGGUCAUUUAUCUCAUGGUUAUCAAACUGCUACAACUAAAAUCUCUUAUAUUUCAAAAUAUUUCCAAACUAUGCCAUAUAGAUUAAAUGAAGAAACUGGUAUAAUUGAUUAUGAUGCAUUAGAAAAAUCUGCAGAAUUAUUUAGACCAAAAAUCAUUGUUGCAGGUGCUUCAGCAUAUUCAAGAAUUAUUGAUUAUGAAAGAAUCAAGAAAAUCGCAGAUAAAGUUAAUGCUUAUGUGCUAUCAGAUAUGGCUCAUAUUUCAGGUUUAGUUUCUGCAGAAGUUACACCAUCACCAUUCCCAUUCUCAGAUAUUGUUACUACAACAACUCAUAAAUCAUUAAGAGGUCCAAGAGGUGCAAUGAUUUUCUUUAGAAAAGGUUUAAGAAAAACUACUAAAAAGGGUAAAGAAAUUUAUUAUGAUUUAGAAAAAAAAAUUAAUUUUUCUGUUUUCCCAGCUCAUCAAGGUGGUCCACAUAAUCAUACAAUUUCUGCAUUAGCUGUUGCUUUGAAACAAGCACAAUCUUCAGAAUAUAAAGAAUAUCAACAAAAUGUUGUUAAUAAUGCAAGUCAUUUCGCUGAUGUUUUACAAACAAAAGGUUUUGAUUUAGUUUCUAAUGGUACAGAUACUCAUUUAAUCUUGAUUGAUUUACGUUCCAAAAAAAUUGAUGGUGCAAGAUUAGAAGCUGUUUUAGAAAGAAUAAACAUUGCAGCUAAUAAAAAUACUAUUCCAGGUGAUAAAUCUGCUUUAUUCCCAUCAGGUUUAAGAGUUGGUACUCCAGCAAUGACAACAAGAGGUUUUGAAAAUAAAGAAUUUAAUAAAGUUGCAGAUUAUAUUGAUCGUGCUGUUAAAUUAGCUUUGAUUUUAAAAGAUCAAGCUAAAGGUGAUGAUGCAAGAGCUUUAUUAGCAAAUUUCAAAAAAUUAGCUGAUGAAUCUGAUGAUGUUAAAGCUUUAGGUAAAGAAGUUGCUGAAUGGGUUUCUCAAUAUCCAGUUCCAGGUGAAUUAUAA